CCAACUAAAAUGGCUGAUUCCAAUAUGACCGUGACACUGGUAGCCACACAAACCGUUCUAACCGUGUUGCGUAAAUGCGGGAUCAUUGUUUUUAAAUGUUAACAAGAGUUUUUUUUAUCGGUAAACACAAUUAUGGUUUCUAAAUGUUGUGUAGUGAAGUGUUCCAAACGUGCCGGUAGAGAUGUUGGGACGAGUUUUUACCGUCUUCCGGCUGUAGUUACAGUGAAUAAUAGAAAAUACCAGAAGCCUAUUGAAGGAUCCACUGGCCUGACAGUGGAUAAAGCCUGUGCUCUUUCUGCGGAAAGACAAAACGCCUGGUUAAGGGCUUUAAAACGAGGAGAUUUCACUGAGAAACAGAAGAAAACAUUGAGAUUUUGCUCAAACCACUUUAUCAGCGGACGUCCAGCUGAGCUCUACGAUAUAAAAAAUCCGGACUGGGUUCCUAGCAAAAAUCUAGGUAAUGCCGUGGACACAGCUUCGAAGAGACCAUCCACUCUAGAAUGGCGCGAAAGGCAGAGAAAAAAGGUAACGAUUGCUGAAUCAAUUGAUACAGAUGACCAUUUGGAGGAUGAUAUCGUAAUUGAUGAAAUUAAGGUGGAAAUCGAAGAGAAAACUGGCACGGCUUCACAAACUGAUGUUCUUGGAACAGAGAUAGAUCGUUUGCGUGAAGAAUUGAGACUUGCAAAGGAGGAAAUCGCAGAAUUAAAGAAGCGCCAGCAUAAGAGCGCCUUGCCAGAAGAGUCGUUCCCCAAUGAUGACCUUAAAACCCUCUACUUCACAGGAAUCGAUAUUCCGGACCUGCCACGUGUUAUUUGCACUCCACACAUACGUGCUGUCAUCCGCAGCCAUUCGGACGAAAUAAGUAGGACUUAAAAUUAGAUUAAGAUCGAUUUUCGGUGACAAAAAAGAUUCUUGCUAUCGCAGUGUUUUUUUCAAGCAGAUUGAAAAUGGGAUUAUUUAAUAGAAAAUAUUAAAACUUUUCAAUAUUUAAUCUGAAUGAUUUAGUAUCGAAUGAAAUUAGUUUGAUUUCGUUUUCUAUCCA